UUUGCGCUUGGUGGUGUGAAUUGGUUAUUGCAGUGUGCUUUUAUUGUUAUGUGUAUUAUUUUUUAGUGCCAUAAUUUUGUGCAAAAUUAAUUUUGAAUAAACCAUGAGGUUUUCAUUAUCAUAAAGAAAAUAAAUCAGUAAAAAGUGUGUUUAUUAUUGUUUUGGAAAGCAAAAGUGAUUGAAUUUGGUUUAUUUUGGUGUGAGUGAAUUUAUUGUGGUUGGAACUUAUUUACUUUGUUUUCAAAACAAAAAGGCGUGACGGCAACCCCUGGCCUUCCGGUAGUCACCAUGCGAGAAAAGAAGAGCGGUGCCCUGUCACGUGUCCAAAAACUCAAGAAAAGGUUGUCACAUUCAUUCGGUAGAUUAUCAAUAUCAAAAGAAGAGGUUGAAGAUCCUCCUCGGGGUAAACUACCGUAUAAUGGUUAUAGUGAUGAAUUCUUGGAUAGGUUAGAACCUAACGGUAAUAUACCAUCUGGGAAAGGUGAUUUACGAUAUGUGAACCAACAUACGAGGUUAACAUUAACCGUGAGCAAUGCUGAAUUAAAAUCUAACUUUUCAACACAUGAUCGUGUUCAAAGACAAUUAUCAGUAUCAUCGGAUAGUAAAUUAUUGGAUGAAGAUAUCCGUGAAGAGGCUCGUGUUAUUUUAAGACCACCAAAACCGCCAAGACCAAAAAGUGAAGUGUUAUUACAUCAACCGGAUUCACAUAAUAGACGAACGAAACGAUUUUCAGCGUUUGGGGGCGAUUCACCUUUUGGAAAGUCUGAAGCAUAUAUAAAAUUAGAACAAUUGGGUGAAGGUUCCUAUGCUACGGUGUUUAAAGGUUAUAGCAAUUUAACGAAUCAAGUAGUGGCAUUAAAAGAAAUACGUUUACAAGAAGAAGAAGGUGCACCAUUCACUGCCAUUAGAGAGGCAUCACUAUUAAAAGAAUUAAAACAUACAAAUAUAGUAACAUUACAUGAUAUUGUACAUACACGUGAAACAUUAACAUUUGUAUUUGAAUAUGUACAUACAGAUUUAUCACAAUAUAUGGAACGGCAUCCAGGCGGUUUAGUGUGUAAUAAUGUACGAUUAUUUUUAUUUCAAUUAUUACGUGGCUUAGCGUAUUGUCAUAAGCGACGUGUAUUACAUCGUGAUGUCAAACCACAAAAUUUAUUAAUUAGUGAAAUUGGUGAAUUAAAAUUAGCUGAUUUUGGUCUAGCACGUGCUAAAUCUGUACCUAGUCAUACAUAUUCACAUGAAGUUGUUACAUUAUGGUAUCGUCCACCCGAUGUAUUAUUAGGUUCAACGGAAUAUUCAACAUCGUUAGACAUGUGGGGUGUUGGUUGUAUAUUUGUUGAAAUGUUAACUGGUGUGCCAACUUUUCCUGGUGUUAGAGAUAUUUAUGAUCAAUUAGUUAAAAUAUUUAAGAUGUUAGGAACUCCAGGUGAGGAAGAAUGGCCAGGCGUAACACGUCUUCCAGGUUACAAACCAGAACGACUAGGAUGGUACAGGUCACGACCGUUAGGUGUAUGUUGGCCGAGACUUCAUGACACACCGUUAGGCGAAUCAAUGGCUGAAGCACUUUUACAAUUAGAUCCUGAUAAAAGAAUUGAUGCGGCGAGUGCGUUACAACAUCCCUAUUUUUCUAAACUUCCCAGAAAAGUGCACACAUUGCCUGAUGAUACAUCAAUAUUUAGUGUGGAAGGAAUUUAUUUACACCCAGAAAAUCGAAAUAAUAGAGGAAUAUUGUUUGAACAUAAAUAAUACAAAUAUAAAAGCAAAAAAAUUAAAAUAAAGAAUAAAUAAAUAGAGACAAUUUUAUAAAUGAAAACAACAAUCGAAAUUAUGCAUUUUUAAAUAAAUCGUAUCGGAUCAUUUAAAUUGUCGUCAUCAAUCAUUUAAAAAAAAUCUCCUCAGGGUACCCUUUAAGAAACAUAAUGUCAUCUCAUACAAAAACAAAACAAUUGUCACCAUCAGACAUUCUUGCUGUUAUUGAAUGCUUCCGCGAUUGCAAGAAUUUUGUUUCUUAAUUAUUAAUUUUGCUAAAUGAUUAUAUACCCAUUAUUUUCACAUGUUAAAUAUUUCUUCACAAUAUAAAGGCUACUAUGCAAAAUUUGCGCGGACGAAUUUCAAAAUAAAUAUUAAUAAUGCCUUGUACUUCAUAUGAUUUUGUUAAACACAGAGAGUAAAUGUUGAGAAUAUAUUUUAUGUUACACGAAAAUACACGAAAAAAGUUGUCACUCUUAAUUUACGAAUAUUUUCAUCAAAGAAAAUAAUUAGAUCCAUAAUUUUACGA